UCAAACACAUAUCAUUUCAUUUGUUUUGCUCGAAGAUAUGCAUAUUCUUAAGAAAACUACAGCUAUGACAAAGAUAUUAAUGGUUUGUUUCAUUAAUUGUCUGGAUAAAGGUUCGGGUUUAUGUAAUCAACAAAUAGCUACUAUUGGACAUCAAAAUGUUCAACUAACGUUUAAUUACUCAUGGAGUAGUCAGGAACUUAAAUCAAUUGAAUGCAAUAAAGACCAGACUAUCAUAGGACGAUGCGUGGCGCUCAAUACGUCUGACUGUUCCGUAGAAUUAACAAGCGUUGGCGUUUUUUAUAUAUCUUCCAACGACGAAUUAACUUCAAUUAUUGUGACCAUAUCAAGGUUCAACGAAACGAUGUCCGGUACAUACAGCUGUUUCAAAACAAAAAAAGAUGAUAUGAAGAGUGUUUGUUUAGCCGCAGGUCCCGCUACCAUUACUACUGCAACUACACAAACCGCAACAUCACAUCAUGCACCAAAUGCUUUUACAGAAGUAACUAACUCUUCAAACACUGCUGCCAAAGAUGCCAGUGAUUUGUCCCAUUGUAUCGGAGUAGUCAUCGGAUCCGUGGUUGCAUAUGGCAUGGCAAUAUCAGUACCAGUCAGUGUAUGGUGUCUAAAGCGAUGUACUCGUAAGGCAAUCGAAGCAAUCAAAGGGAGUUUACAAGGAGCACAAAGUAAGAUAAACUCGACAUCGUCACAAGGAGAUUUACCACACAAUAAGAUUGACUGA